GCGGAGGUUGCGGUGAGCCGAGAUCGAGCCAUUGCACUGCAGCCUGGGACACAAGAGCGAAACUCCACCUCCAAAAAAUAAAAAAGGGCUUGGGGAGCAGGAGCCUUUUUGGAAGAGGAGACUUUGGGAUUUAUCUUGAAACCAUUUUGCAGCAAGAAGGAUUAUACUCAGACAGUGAUGUGGAGGAGGGGUGGUUUGGUCGUUAGGAAAUGCUGAAUGCCCCCAGCUGCAUGGAGCCCCCUUUUGAUAGCAGCCCCGUAUGAGGACUGGGUGGUGGGUAUUUCUCUCACUGCGGCUUCUCUUCCAGUGCUCUGCCUGGCCCAGACGAUCCACAUGCAGGAGGGGGCCCUGCCCAGACCCUCCAUCUCGGCUGAGCCAGGCACUGUGAUCCCCCGGGGGAGCCCUGUGACUUUCGUGUGCCGGGGCCCGGCUGGAGUUGACACAUUCCGCCUGGAGUGGGAGAAUAGAUCCAUGUUCAACGAUGCAAAGCAUGUGUCUCAACUUAGUGCAUCUGAGUCAGAGGCCAGAUUCUGCACUGACUCAGUGAGUGAAGACAGCGCCGGGCGUUAUCACUGCCUCUAUCAUAAGGCCUCCAGAUGGUCUCAGCCCAGUGAGCAGCUGGAGCUCGUGGUGAAAGGAACUCCUGGGAGUGCCAGCUUCCCCCCAUACCCACCCCCCUCCCCCCACAGCGACUCCCCCUCUCCCCGUUCCCCUUCCUGGUGCACAGAGCCCAGCUCCUCAGCAGAUGCCCCUGCUCCCCAAGGCCUGAAAGCUGAGCAUCUUUAUAUUCUCAUCACGGUCUCGGUGGUCUUCCUCUUUUGUCUCUUCCUCAUGGUCCUCUUCUUCCUCCAUCGCCAGAAUCAGAUAAAGCAGGGGCCCCCAAGAAGCAAGGAUGAGGAGCAGAAGCCACAGCAGAGGCCCAACCUGGCCAUUGAUGUUCUAGAGAGAAAAGCAGACAUGGCCACAGUUGAUGCACUUCCUGAGAAGGACAGAGAGACCAACAUGUCGGCCCCGACUGCAGAAGGCCCCCAGGAGGUAACAUAUGCUCAGCUGGACCAGAGGGCCCUCACACACAGGACAGCCCAGGCUGUGUCCCCACAGUCCACAGAGCCCCUGGCCGAGACCAGCACGUACGCAGCCAUUGUCAAACGCUGACCGCAGGCCCACCUGGCCUCUGCACCUGAAGACUCUAGGAAAAGCCUGAAGCAGCCCUUUGGAAGGCUCCUGCUUGCACUCAUCCUCGUCUGGAAAGGCCCCCAGGCAGAUCUCCUGGAGACAAGAGCUGGAGACUGGAGGUUUCUAACCAGCAUGCAGAAGGCUCGUUAGCCAGCUGGUCCCUUCUACAGUUGAGCAGCUCCUUGGACAGACUGUUUCUUAGUUGAUUCUAGAGACCCAGCUACAGUUACCUGGCUGUUUCCAGAGACCCCGCUAAAGUCACUUGCGUUUUCUAGAGUCCCAGCUACAGCCAUCAGUCUAUUUCCAGAGACCCAGCUACCGCCAGUCAGCUGAUUUCCUGAGUAGUGAUGCAGCCCCCAAACUGGUCCCAGGUGUCUCCUGUGAACCUUCAGCGAUCCCAGAGACUGCCGUAAUUAUCUUCCCGGCUGACCCCAAAGACCGUCCCAGAAGUCAUGUGCUAACCUUGAGACUGUGCUAUACACACCCAGCUGACAGCUAAGCCCAAUUCUCUGCAUCACGCUUUCCUCUGUGCAUCAAUAAAUUAUUUUGAAGACCUCACAUCUGGCAGCCCCGUUCCUGGUCCUCGGUGCACAGGUCACUUGGACCCAGCCUCUGCCUUCACAGUUGUUCAAAGCUAAGAAAAGGAAACAGAGCCUACAAAGGAGGUGUCAGAAAGAAAGCAUUUUCUUUUUUAAAUUUAAUUGAUAAAGAUUGUACAUAUUCAGGGCGUAAAAUGUGAUAAUUUGUUAUACCCAUACAUUAUGCCAUGAUAACCACAAUCUUUUUUUUCUUGUUUUGAGAUGGAGUUUCA